GAGUGAGCGAGAGAUAUACAAUGUCAAGUGUGGUGUUCAAUGCAAGCGCCGUCGGCAAAAACGCCGCCGAACUAUUUCCCACAACAAUCGGCGGUGCGAGCAAAAUGUAUCGCUACCAGCACAUAAUGCCCGCUCCAGAGCUGAAGACGAGCGGCAACGGCUCCAGCAAUGGCUCGCUGAUCAAGACGCGCAAAUAUACGCCGCGUGGCAUGGCGCUGGCCAAUGCCUCGAGCGGCAGCAGCAGCAGUAGCAGCAGCAGCAGCUCCUGCUGCUCCACCAGCUCGCCGUACAACGUGGACCAGUCGCAGUCCGUGCAGCGUCGCAAUGCCAGGGAACGGAACCGUGUCAAGCAGGUGAACAAUAGCUUUGCCCGACUGCGCCAGCAUAUACCACAGUCGAUCAUAGCGGAUCUGACCAAGGGCGGCGGCCGUGGGCCGCACAAGAAAAUCUCCAAGGUGGACACGCUGCGCAUCGCCGUCGAGUAUAUCAGGCGGCUGCAGGAUCUGGUCGAUGAUCUCAAUGGCGGGCCGAGCAGCAAUGGCAACAACUACAAUGUCGCUCAGCUGAAUCUGUGCCUGGACGAGGAGGAGACCUGCAGCAAUAGCUCAUCCAUCUCGAGCAGCAGCUCCAGCCUGGGCAGCCAGCAGCUGGGCCAUAAUCUCUACUAUAGCAGCGCUUUGCUAACAGGAGCUGGCACGCCCAUCCCGACGCCGACGCCCACAGCGCUGCAGCAGCAACAGCAAUUGCAGCGCCAGCAGUUUCCCCAUCAGCCGCUGACGCCCAUCACGCUCAAUGGCAACACGCUGGCGGCAACAACAACAACUCCAGCAGCAGCAGCAGCAACAACAACAGCGACGACAACAACAACAACAACUGGAGGCUGCCACUCGCCGACAUCCUCAUUCAAUUCGAGCAUGUCCUUCGACUCGGGCACCUAUGAGGCACAGCCACAGCAGCUAUCCCCGCCCGUGGCGCCCAUGGAUGCCCAGCUGCAGCUGAAGUUCGAGCCGUACGAGCAUUUCCAGCUGGACGAGGAGGACUGCACGCCGGAUGAUGAGGAAAUACUGGACUAUAUAUCGCUGUGGCAGGAGCAGUAGGGCCCCAAAACGAACAUCAAUCAUAAUCAUCCUGCUGUUUGCUUUCUAGUCAAAAUAUUUUGAGUUGAACCAAGUGCCUCAAAUUGUAAAUAGACUCAGUUUCUAGCCUA